UGGAGGGAGUCCUGUCACUUUCCAUAUCUCCCCAGAUAAUCUGUAUAUAUUCUCUCAUAAUGUCCCAGCAUAUAGGUUUAAGGGUGGAGAAAUCGAUAAAGUUGUUGAUGGGAUGUUUGAGCUUGAUCAAUUUCCCAUGCCUGAUAUUAUGUGUCUGGAGAUUGACUCCCAAAAGGCACCAAAGAAUGGGAAUGCUAGUAGUUUUUCUAGAUCUAUUCCAUUGAGAGGACUUCCUUCCUUGAAGUCAUCUCCAGAAGACAAACUUUUGAAACCCAGUUGGUCCUCAAAUGAUUUUGCCACAGGUCAGGUAUGGGCUGUAUACAGUGGAAAAGAUUUUUUGCCACGGCAAUACACCAGAAUAGAUGAUAUAAUUUAUGAGAGCCAAGUAUGUUUGACUUUCCUAGAACCUCUACCUAUUCUUGAUGAUGAGAUUGACUGGAAGAAAGAAAACAUACCUAUAGUUUGUGGGAAAUUUAAAGUUAGUGGAACUAGUGUCAACCUUGAAAUGUCCCAGUUUUCCUAUUUAGUUUACAGUGUUAAAAGCAAUGAUGAGCCAUUCUACAGAAUUUACCCAAUAAAAGGUGAGAUUUGGGCUAUGUACAAGAACUGGAAUAGCAAAUGGAAGCGUUCUGAUUAUGAAAAUUGCCAAUGCCAGGUUGUCCAAAUUCUAUCAAACUUAUGCGAAAGGGAGGAGAUAACAAUUGUUAGGCUGGAGGAGGUGAAGGGUUGCCUGACUUUCUUCCACCAGAAACAGUUUGAUGGGUUUGAUCUGACGCAUGCAGUUUCCCAAUCAGCGAUGCUUGGUUUCUAUCGCAUUCCUACUUUUAGAGUGCCUGGAAUUGGGAGAUAUGGCAUUCCAGAAAGCUCUUGGCACUUGGAAUUAAUUGCUUUACCUCCCAAGCAAAGAAUAUGAUUCCAAGUUAAACCUCAUGGGUUUGCACUGUAUAAUACUGAACACGAUGUCUAAACAUGUUAUAGCAUAACUACAAUUGAGGUAUUGCCGAGUUGCUCUGCAUCUAAGAAGAAGAAAAUCAAAACCUAAAUUUCACCAAAACCAAUGAGAAUUGAAGAUCAAUCUCAAGACUCUGUUGUUAUUUGCUGAUCAAGGUUGAAGCCACAAGAGCCUAUUGCUAGUGUGUUAUUGUGGAGAUCAAAUCUUCAAGGUGGUCAUUGGAUUCGGUCCUUGGAGUCAUUGACACAGUUUGUAGAAGGUUUUCAAGAUAAAAGAAUCCAUGCAACUUGGAGCCGAUUAUAGGUUCAUGUCAGUCAGUAUCUACUGCAUAGAGUCUAGGGUCAUGAGUGCGAUUCAUGUUGCAAACUUUAAUCCAUUGGUUUUCAAUAUCUUGUGUUAUUUUCUUUACU